GUUGGCCCGUUGGUUGAGCGAUUUGUUUUGGUUGACAACAUAACAUCAUGAGUGACUCGGCAGUCAAGGUGGCCGUGAGGGUGCGGCCCUUCAACCAGAGAGAGAAGGGCCUCGAUGCCGUCUGCUGCAUAGCCAUGGUAUAUGGAGAGACGGUCGCUCCCGGGAGCUGGCUUGCCCGCCCCGACGUGGAUGCGUUGUGUUGUGUUGUGUAGGCUGGACCAACGACGACAAUUAAUGAUGUCGACGGUGGGACGGGAGAGGAGACAUUCACAUUCGACUACUCAUUCUGGUCGCAUGAUGGGUAAGUAAGCAGCGGAGCUGCACACUCACGUGCCUUCGCAGGCGGUGCAGACUGUCAUUUGUGCAGGUUCGCCAUAAGCGACGAGGGGCUGCUGAUCCCUGAGGAUGGGAACAGCCCUUAUGUCGACCAGAAGAAAGUCUUUGACUGCCUGGGCGUGGAAGUGCUGGUCAGUCGGCCAGACAGCCAGCAGGCUUUGGGCAUCCAUGCCGCAAGAUCAAGACAACUGGUCUGUCUGUCUGUCUGUCUGUCCUGUCUGUGUCUGCUUCUUUCUCAGAACAACGCGUGGACAGGGUAUCACUGCUGUCUGUUUGCGUACGGGCAGACGGGCGCGGGCAAGUCGUACUCUAUGGUUGGCUUCGGCCCCAACAAGGGCAUCAUACCCACCACGUGUCAGGACAUCUUCCGCCGCAUCGGGGAGAACCACGACCCAGCGAAACACUUCGAAGUGACGGUAAGCAACAGCCGGCUGAGCUUGACUGACAGGAGCCGCUCGCUCAACUCGUGUGAAUGUCUGUGUGCAUGGGUCCGAGUGUGCAGAUCGGUAUGCUGGAGAUCUACAAUGAGAAGAUCCAGGACCUUCUUAUCCAUGCCAACCAGCGAACAAAGGUGGGAUCGAUGAGAACCAACCAGGUCCCUGUCUCUGCGUGUGGUGCUGUGUGCUGUUGUGCUCUGUCAGGGUGGUCUGGAGGUUCGCGAGUCGAAGCAGCUGGGCAUCUACGUGCAGGACCUGACCAAGCGGGCUGUCAACAGCUACGAGGCUAUUGAAGACCUUGUCGACGAGGGGACGGCGAACCGCACCAUCGGCUCCACCCUCAUGAACGCGUCGGUCUUCACACGCUAAUGGAAAGAUGCCAUUGAUCGCCUGCGCUUACUUGUGCCUGUCGGUCUGCUUGUCUUCUGUGAUAGGACGAGCUCCCGCGCAAACACGGUGCUCAUCAUCGAAUUCACACAAGUAUGGAUGGAUGCUGUAUGUGACACAUGACAAUCUACCUGUCUGUGCGCCAUGUGUGUGGAAGGUGACGACGUACGAUAUGGGCAAGGAGGGCCGCAAGCUCUCAGUCAUCAAACUGGUCGAUCUCGCCGGCUCCGAGAAUGCCGAGCAAACAGGUGUGCACACAGUCGCGUGAGCACACAGAGAGAGGAUUACACACACUGGCGACGGACGGCCUUCAGUUGCUAUAGCCAGUGCUAUCAACAAGUCGAUGUCUGCAUUGAGAAACGUCAUAUCGGCACUCGCAGACAAGGGCUCAGGUGCCCGGGCCGGUAACAGACAGACAUACAGGUACACAUUCUCCUGUGGACAUUAAGGCAAGUUGAAGAAGGGCCAGCUCAUCCCCUACCGAGACUCAAAACUCACCCGACUGCUGCAGGUGGAGAUAUCCAGUCGUCAGGCACUCACACGCGCGUCACUCCUCUGCUGAAUGCUUCAGAAUGCCCUCGGAGGCUCAUCGAAGACCAUCAUGAUAUGCGCCGUGUCCCCCGCUUCGUCUAACUACGAAGAGACACUGUCGACACUACGAUGCGCCGGCAAAGACUGACAACAACACAGGCGAGGGUGAUUUGAAGUCUCCACUUGAUGCUUUAGAUCGCGCCAAGAAGAUCAUGAAUCACGCUGAGAUCAACGAAGACCCCACGGUGAGACGAAAACAGAGAGACAGACCGCCCGUAUGUUGUCUCGCCUCCUGACGCAUCUGUGAGUGCAGGAGAAGUUGUUGAAUCAGCUCAAGAGGGAGAACGAGCGACUCAAGGCGCUGCUGGGAGGUACAUACACAGAGAACAGUAGUGCGUUCAACUCGUGUUGGCCGAUGUGUCUGUGUCUGCAGGCCAGGGAGUGGCGACAGGGGGAGGUCCGAACGGCGCCGGCGGUAGUGCUGUGAGUGAGGCGGAGCGGAUGCGAAUCGUGGAGAACCACAAGAAGGAGAUCGCCGCAAUUGAGAAGGCAUUGGUACGUAUAUGUGCAAGUGUCGAGCAUUAACCAUACGCCGGUCGUCUGUCAUUGUGUGUGUGUCUCGCAGGAAGAAGAGGAGGCAGCCAAACAGGCCGCCAAACAGGCCGCCGAAAGAGCAAAGGUCGUCCAUUCAAUGGAGUUAGACGUGGGAUGUCUGUCUCGUCUCGGCUGCCUGGCAGGGACCUCGCUGUGUGUUGUGUGUGUGGUCAGGAGGCGGCUCGCGAUGAGGGCCUGCGUCGGUUUCGGCAGGAGAUGGAUCGCAUCAAGACGCUCAUCCAGACACUAGAAUCACAAGUGGGUGGGGCCGGUGUGUGUGUGUUGGUGUGUUCCGUGCUUCAUCCAUCCAGCUUGUGUUGCUGCAGUUAGCUGGCAACGAUGCCUCACUGACGGUCGGCGACCUGUCUGUGGUGGAGAGCCACACGAGGCGUGGCGGCGACUGUCUCAAGGAGGCGGUCGACUACCUGAGCAGCAAACACACCACUCAGGCAGGAGGGGUCGUCAGAUGAGGGGCAGAAAAGGAGAUUCUUGCGUUAGCGUGUGAGUGCUAUGAGCGCGUAAUGGCUUCAUACUCACUCGCCAGCCUCACUAUCGAGUCGAGUGUGACAUGAUCGAGGUAGA